CUGCAGGCACUCGGCGCAUUUAAAACCCCCUGCAAAGCACGGGGGGAGUUACAGUGCGAAUUGGACUCUGACUGAGUAAAAGUUCGCCCGGGAUUUUCUUGUGGACAGUAUACGAUAAGAUGGCAAACAAAGGACAGCAGCCUCCUUACCUUCACUUGGCGGAGCUGACCGCAUCCCAGUUCUUGGACAUCUGGAAACAUUUUGAUGCAGACGGAAAUGGCUACAUCGAGGGUAAGGAGCUUGACAACUUCUUUAGUCAGCUGGAGAUUGCGAGGAGAGGAGCUGGUGUGGAUCCCUCAAAUGCAGCCUUUAAAGGGAGAAUGACAGAGUUCAUGCAGAAAUUCGACAAGAACAAAGAUGGGAGAAUUGAGAUGUCAGAGCUGGCUCAGAUCCUGCCCACAGAAGAGAACUUUCUCCUCUGCUUCAGACAGUUUGUGGGAUCCAGCACCGAAUUCAUGGCUGCCUGGCGGAAAUACGACACAGACCGCAGCGGUUUCAUUGAAGCUAAUGAACUUAAGGGCUUCCUCUCUGACCUGCUUAAAAAGGCAAACAGACACUAUGACGACCAGAAAUUGCAGGAAUAUACACAAACAAUACUCAAAAUGUUUGAUCUGAACGGCGAUGGGAAACUGGGUCUGUCCGAAAUGGCAAGGCUUCUGCCAGUUCAGGAGAACUUCUUGUUAAAGUUUCAGGGGGUCAGGCUGACUGCUGAGCAGUUCAAUGCCAUCUUUACAUACUACGAUAAGGAUGGAAACGGCUACAUUGACGAGCAGGAGUUGGAUGCUCUCCUGAAGGACCUCUAUGAGAAGAACAACAAGGAGGUGGACUCCAAGAGCCUGACCGGUUACAAGCAAAGCAUCAUGGCCCUGUCGGACGGAGGAAAACUGUACCGCUCAGAGCUGGAGAUCGUCCUCUGUCGGGACCCCAUGCUGUGAACCUCCAGCUCAGCUCUGUCCCAGCUGCCUGAAUACUGUAACCGUGUGCAUGUGCCGGGCACCCCGUCCCCGUCCCUUCCCUAUCCCGUCCCCGUCCUGAAGUGAGUUCUGGAUGAGUGUGCGCAGAAAAGCACAAAUCUGUCUGUUCUUUCCCUGCCCAAAACCCAAUCACCACUGCUUUCCUCUGCCUACAAACUGCAGCUACUAUGAUGCCCUCUGCUCAAUUUUUAAACUAUAUAUUUAAAAGAAAAAUAAAAGAGUCUUUCUGAAAGAGUAGCAGACUAAUACUGGUGUAAUACGAUUAGAUAUGUGAAAUAUUUAUUUGGAGUGCUUGGCUUCUGGUUUCUUCCCUUCUGUUUUGUUUCCUCCUCGGUUGGUUUUUGUCUUCAUUUCGUUUCAUUUCAGCCCAGUUGCGUUAGGGUUUGUUGUGUUUUUGUUUGGCUGAUACUGUUUAAGGAUGUAACUAAGACUAUUCAUUAAAGUUAUGUGAAAUAAAGAGGCUGUUUAAUAUGUUUGGUUCAUUCUAGGGAUUAAUUCAUUCUUCUUCUUCUUCUUCUUCUUCUUCUUCUUUUGUGCUAAUCUAAAUAUUUGAGGAUGUAUGUCGGAUCUCAUCUGUUCUUCUGUGACAUGCUGGAUGGAGACAUCACAUUUCUAGUAAAAAUCUUUCCUAAUUGUGUCCUGAUGCAUUUAAACCAUGGUAAAUAAUUAAUCUGCAAGACUUUCCUCUUACAUAGCAGAGUUUGUAGGAAUUCCUAUCAAUAAAUCAUCAUCAGAACAUGAAUAAUUCAUCCAAAAAGCCAUUUUGAGUUUACAAACGGGGGUUUUCUACAUGGCUUGCAUUGCUUCUGUGUUGAAUGAUGACUGUAUAAAAUACAUAUACAGUUGAAGAAUUAUUAGCCCCCUGAAUUAUUAGCCCCCUGUUUAUUUUUCCCCCAUUUUCUGUUUAACGGAGAGACAUAAUAGUUUUAAUAACUCAUUUCUAAAAACUGAAUUAUUUUAUCUUUGCCAUGAUGACAGUAAAUAAUAUUUUACUAGAUAUUUUUCAAGACACUUCUAUACAGCUUAAAAUGACAUGUGAAGGAUUAACUAGAUUAAUUAGGUUAACUAGGCAGGUUAGGGUAAUUAAGCAAGUUAUUGUAUAAUGAUGGUUUGUUCUGACUAUCAUAAAAAAUAAACGUUUCCUCAGCUCCAAA